UUUACUUCUGCUGCUGUCGCUGCUGCUCCAGCUGCAUGCCUAACCCUAAACCUACCCUCAAUUUCCCCCAAUAAAUCCCCCAUUUCAUUUUCCCAGCAUUUCCUCUAUCGAAUUCAUCAAUCUCAGAUCAGGGAACAUACCGAUUUCUGGCCAGCAUUUUGAUUUGAUCUUCUGAUGGCUCCUGAACAGGACCUGUUGUCCGCGGAAAUUGUGCGCCGCGGUGUCGAACCGUCGGGUUCAGACGCAGGCUCGAUGACGUUUUCCGUCAGGGUGAGGCGGCGGUUGUUGCCGGAUUUUGUGCAGUCGGUGAAUUUGAAGUAUGUGAAGUUAGGGUACCACUAUUUGAUGAAUCACGGAGUAUAUUUGGCUGUAACUCCAGUGGUGCUGCUGGUUUUCGGAGCGGAGGUCGGGGGGAUGAGCAGGGAGGAGGUGUGGCAGAGGAUCUGGAACCGCACCGCCGUGUACGAUCCGUCGACGGUGGCUUCUCUGGCGGCGGUGGCGGUGCUCACCCUCACUCUGUACUUGAUGACGCGUCCUCGUUCAAUUUAUCUCCUCGAUUUCGCCUGCUACAAACCAAGCGACGAUUUGAAGGUCACGAAAGAGCAGUUCAUCGAUCUGCUGCAAAAAUCAGGGAAAUUCGACGAAGCAGACCUCGCUUUCCACCGGCGGAUUCUCGAAUCCUCCGGCCUAGGCGACGAGACCUACGUUCCGAAGUGCAUCGCUUCGCCGGGAAGCGUAGCCAGCAUGACCGAAGGUCGCGCCGAAGCGUCGAUGGUGAUCUUCGGCGCCAUGGAUGAGCUCUUCGAGAAAACUCAGAUCCGACCAAAAGACGUCGGAAUCCUCGUCGUGAACUGCAGCCUCUUCAAUCCGACGCCGUCGCUCUCCGCCAUGGUGAUCAACCACUACAAGAUGAGGGGAAACGUUCUGAGCUUCAAUCUAGGAGGCAUGGGGUGCAGCACGGGGAUUAUAGCGCUGGAUUUGGCGCGAGACUUGCUGCAGGCGCACCGCAACAGUUACGCGGUGGUGGUGAGUACGGAGAUGGUUGGGUAUAAUAUUUAUCCAGGGAAGGAGAGGUCGAUGAUGAUUUCGAAUUGCUACUUCCGGAUGGGUUGCUCCGCCGUGAUGCUAUCCAAUCGCGGUCGUGAUCGCCGCCGUGCAAAGUACAGACUCGAGCAUAUCGUGCGGACGCAUAAGGGAGCAGAUGAUCGGAGCUUUCGGAGUGUGUAUCAAGAAGAAGACGAGCACAAGUGGAAAGGCUUAAAACUCGGAAAAGAUCUCACCGAGAUAGGCGGCGACGCCCUCAAAACCAACAUUACUACACUCGGCCCUCUCGUCCUCCCCUUGUCCGAGCAACUCCUAUUCUUCGCAACUCUCCUUUGGAAGUCCCUUAUUCGCCGAAACGACAACGUCAACCCUGGCCUACCCAAGCCUUACAUCCCCGACUUCAAGCUAGCAUUCGAGCACUUCUGCGUGCACGCUGCCAGCAAGUCGGUCCUUGAUGAGAUGCAGCGCAACCUAGACCUAAGCGAUGCGAAUCUAGAGGCAUCGCGCGCUGCCUUGCAUCGGUUUGGGAACACGUCGAGCAGCACCAUAUGGUACGAGCUGGCCUACUUGGAGGCCAAACAACACGUCCACAAGGGCGAUCGUGUCUGGCAGCUGGCAUUCGGGUCGGGGUUCAAGUGCAACAGUGCAGUGUGGAAGGCAAUGCGCCGGGUUAGGAAACCCGUGAGGAAUCCGUGGCUGGAUUGCAUCGACAGGUAUCCUCAGGCAAACUACUCCUAGCGAAUUGGUCGAUAUACAGUUUCUAGUUUAGUUCGAUACACCGUUAUAUUGCUAUACGGUGUAUCGACGGAUUUUGGAGACAUUCAUGGGGUUUGUAUGCAUGUAUCCAAAUAUGUCAAGUCAAAUUAGAACAACAUACAAUUUUAUCAGACUCUAACUAAUAAAUUUCAUGUCGUAGUAUUAGAUAAGAAAAAUUGUCUUACUUAAAAACUUAAAUUAUCAGGGAUACGCAUCAUUUAGUUAUUUUUAAAACAUACGGGAGUUUCCAAAACAUAUAGUGUUUGUUUGUUUGUUGCUUAAUUGUUAUUUUGAUCAAUGGACACCCCAAAAAUUGAUUCAUAGCAAUUUUAUAGGAAAGUAUUGACAAUGGCAUGUCUGAUCUGGACAGAAUCAAAUCAGACCUGCCAUAUAAUAGAUGGCAUUGAUGAAACAGUCUUUGCAUUUGGACUAAUCCAACCCAAGCCCAUCUCAAAUGGGUUUUAGGUUAGAUGGCCCGAGUCGAAUUAACCCACUUGAC